GGGAACAACACUACCUCAAAAAUGGUUCCCUCUGUAGUGCUACUCUUUUUCAGCAUCUCCUUCUCUGCAGUUUCAGCUCAUCAACAUGAACACGAUGACCCUUCUUCCAUCACAGCCACCAUGGAACAAUUCUCUGGUUACACAAUCCACGAGCCUCACUCUUUCCAAGCCGCUUCACUCUCCGUUGAUGCUCAGGGUCUGCAGAACCAGAUUGACGAGCUCGCAGCAUUUUCUGACUCACCUGCUCCGUCGGUAACCAGGGUCUUGUAUACUCAGAAGGAUGUUUUAGCUCGCAGGUAUGUGAAAAACCUGAUGGAACUUUCUGGUCUGUCAGUGAGAGAGGAUGCCGUUGGUAACAUAUUUGGUCGUUGGGAUGGAAAAGAACCCGGGCUUGGUGCAGUUGCAACAGGUUCGCACAUUGAUGCUAUACCGUACUCUGGAAAGUAUGAUGGAGUUGUCGGUGUUUUAGGUGCCAUUGAAGCCAUCAAUGUCCUGAAAAGGUCUGGUUUUAAGCCUAAAAGACCUUUGGAAGUCAUCUCUUUCACAUCAGAAGAACCGACACGCUUUGGGAUAAGUUGCUUGGGAAGCCGCUUAUUGGCCGGGAGUGAGAAUCUUGCAAAUGCUUUAAAGACAACCACUGACAGUCAAAACGUAUCCUUCUUAGAUGCUGCAAAAUCUGCUGGUUAUGCAAAAGAUGAAAAUGAUUUAUCCAGUGUAUUUUCAAAGAAAGGAACAUAUUCUGCUUUUGUAGAACUGCAUAUAGAACAAGGACCUAUUCUGGAAGAUGAAGGUAUAUCCAUAGGCAUAGUUACUGCCAUUGCAGCUCCAGCAAGCCUAAGGGUUGAAUUUGAAGGCAACGGUGGCCAUGCGGGCGCCGUCCUUAUGCCUAACAGAAAUGAUGCUGGUCUAGCAGCCUCUGAAUUAGCCCUGGCUGUUGAGAAACACGUGUUGGAAUCUGGAUCAAUUGAUACUGUUGGGACUGUCGGUAUCCUGGAACUGCAUCCUGGAGCAAUCAACAGCAUCCCUAGCAAAUCUCACAUGGAAAUUGAUACAAGAGACAUUGAUGAGGAAAGAAGAAACCAAGUGGUUGAGAAAAUCCACCAAUCAGCAAUAAAAAUAACAAAAACCCGAGGUGUCAAGCUCUCUGAGUUUCAUGUCAUCAACCAAGAUCCACCAGCCCUCUCUGAUGGAGCAAUCAUCAGGGCGGUAGAAGCUACAACAAAAGAACUAAACUUGACGAGCAAGUUGAUGAUUAGUAGAGCCUAUCAUGAUUCAUUGUUUAUGGCCAGGUUGUCUCCAAUGGGCAUGAUUUUCAUUCCAUGUUACAAAGGGUACAGCCACAAGCCUGAAGAGUUUGCCACCAUUCAGGACAUGUCAAAUGGUGUAAAAGUAUUGGCACUCUCGCUAGCCAAAUUGUCCAGUCAGUAACAUCUUCUGUAGUGAGUUUGUGUGGACUAAAGUUGUAGAACAAGGACAUGUAAUUUCCUUCUGUUCAGCUUAAUGAUUAUAUAAGUUUAAAUUUUAGAUAUACCUCCUUUUGUCUGUCAAAGUGAGAGGUGGACCUUGAACCAUCCGAUAUGAAAAAUGGGUCUAUAAGGAACACUUUUUAGAGGAGUAACAUGAUUACUGCCUAUGGAAGGACUCACAGCAGUGAAUUUUACUUCACCAGACUGCACAAAAGACAAAGGAACUACUGAAAUUAUAGAAUCCAGUUGCAUAUACCC